AUGGCUCCCUUCAACCAGCCGGACAUCUUCGGCGGUGAUUCAGGCUCUGGCAGCAAGAAUCAGUACACCAUGAUAUCUGGAGACAAGCAAGAUGCUAUGGAUGCAGAUAUUGCACAGAAGCUACUUGGCUUGGUCAUCGCUCGUCAAGAAGAAGACCAACUGCAAGCCUCUUCGUCAAGCAAGAAUUAUCCUGAUCUGUCUCCGACAACCACUGAUGGCACUUCAUCUCAGUCAAACCUCGAUACUCCAGACUCAACUCAAUCACGAGCUCGCGGUAAUGAUACUGCAAGCCAGAGCGUUGGUUCUCUGAAAGGUAGUGUCUCCUUAGACAUCAACCUUGAGCCAGGUUUUGCUAACACGUCUGCAGCUCUGCCUACUUUGCAAAAAGGUACCGCCAAUCGCUCUGCUAGUGAAGAGUCGCCUCUCAACAAGGCGGGCCAGUCUUCUGUCCAUAACACCACUGCUAUGCCAUCUCGAAGUAGCUUCAUGCCACCAGCCCAAUCAUUUGGGACCUUCGGUGGUAUUGCAGAUUCUAUCUACAAUGAUCUCAAUGGUGCUGGUACUUCUGCAAGUUAUGUUCCCCAGAAUAGUGGAAUGAUGCCACCCGUCCGAACAUCUGCAAUGUUUGGCAAUGUGGAAGAUUCAAACUACAAUCGAGUCAGCAAUGUUGUUCAAGGUGCAUCUGAUCCUUUCGCUGGGCUUGGUACACAGACCUUGCGAGCAGUAUCAGAUCCAACCCUUCUACAGCAAGAUGGAGCCCAUACAGCUGCAGGACAAAACAUCUCCCAAGCCGACCAUGACAUAUAUGGAAUGUUUGGGGGUUGGAGAUCCACUAAGAAUACUGUGGGGCAGAAGAACAUUGGUGCCGUUGGUGAUGGACGUGCUUCAGCAGCAGACGUCGUCAAGUCUCACGGUGCAAGUGAGCCCCUUUCCCUACAUGCCAACGAGUUUAUUGCACAACCUAGAGUUGUUGACGGAAGUUACCCAGCCACUGAAGUAGCUUCCAAAAAUACAGAGCACGGCUCUCAAGAACCCCAAGUCCAAUUACCUCAAUUUCAGGUCCCACUCCGUCCUCUACUAUUUCCUGGCAUGGGCGGCUAUGGCAGUUCUAUGGGAGACACACGAAACUUUCAACGCUUUGGGGGCAUGGGUAGUCCUACACCAGUAAAUCCAGUUGGUCCGUAUCGUCCUCCACAGACUUAUCAGACAUCUUCACCAGCAGAUGGCACACGUUUUCGUGGCCUCUCCAUCCCUUCUUCGAUGCAAGGCGGACUCUUUCGCUCUCCCAUAAGCCCAAACCAUCUUAGAGCUCAAUCACAUCCCUCAUCUGCUCUGCAGGCUUUCGGUGAGCGCGCAAUGGUCAAUGCUGUGGUAGAGCCAAAUCUCAACCCUUCUACGAAGAUGUUAGCACUCCAGCAAAGACUGGCAGCUGGAGUAGGAAGUCCAAUCGCGACUGAUCUGGCUAAUCAGCCUUACCAUGGCUCUCACCACUCGCAAUCUAUGCAAUUGCCUAUGGAGAAUCUCCGAAACGAGUUCAAUUGCGCCUUAUGGGUAACCAAUAUUCCAGUCGCUGCUACCUCUUCGGACAUCUUCGACGUUAUUAAAUGUGGUGCCGUUGCUUCUCUGCACGUCAGUCCUCCAGACGUAGACCAUCCCUUCAAGGCGGCGAAGUUGAUCUUCAAGGAGCCAUUGUCUGCAGCAGCGUUCCUGGCUCAAAGCCAACUCUAUGGUAUCCGCAUCCGUGACCAGUAUAUCCGAGUGAUCUACAACCGUCACGGCAGUCUUCGCUGGGCCGGAAACCAAACCAGAGUGCUUCGCAUUACUGGACCUGAGCACUUGAUGUAUAUCGAGUAUUGGAACACGCUCUUCAGCCGGAUCUGCGUCUACGAAUUUGAUAUCUGCGAGGAGAUUCCGUGUGCUGAGCCGGGCAGAAAGACGAUGGAGUUCCAUUUUGAGCGGAUUGAUGGUCAGUCUCAGAUGUGUCUGAAGGCCGUCUUCCAGGUGCCGACUCAUACCGAUAUCCAAGCUGGCUAUGGCAGAGAUCGAUGCGAACCGAAGGUUCCAGGACUUCUUAGUCCUUUCUGA